GAAAACAGUUUUAACUCCAAUGACAGACCAACGACUUAAAGGCUUCAUAAAUGCACCCAACCCACAAGAAGCUGCUUUGCUUUCCCUAGUAGUAUAGUAGAUUAAAGAAAUAAUCAAUUUUGUAUCAAGUUUGUUGGAUCGUUGAUCUCCCUGGUAUGUGAGGAGGGAGAGAGAGAGAGGGGGAGAGAGAGAUCAAAGGCAAAGGAUGGCGCGGGCAGGAGGGAUAACAAAUGCAGUGAAUGUAGGGAUAGCGGUCCAAGCUGAUUGGGAAAACCGCGAGUUCAUCUCCCACAUUUCUCUCAACGUUCGCCGCCUCUUCGAUUUCCUUGUCCAAUUCGAGGCUACGACAAAGAGCAAAUUGGCAUCAUUGAACGAGAAGCUUGAUGUAUUGGAACGUAAGCUAGAACUUCUUGAAGUUCAAGUGGGUACUGCAUCGGCCAACCCUUCGCUUUUUGCUCGUGAUGCUUAGCGGAUCAUGCCAUUGUUAUAGACGAUAGUAUACACGGCGUUCCUGUAAGCAUCCUCUUGUCUAUAGUGUGGACGUGAACAUAUUUCCUCGCCUUGUAACUCAGUUCUAAAUCAAUCUAUUCAUUUCUUCUGCUUUUA